AUGCGCCAAUCACUCAGUCUCCUCGCCGCGGUCUCGCGCCGGCCAGCGUCAAAAUUGAGGAAACCCGCCGUCAGUCUCGAUCAUUUCAUCCAAAGACAGCGCACUCUGACGUUCUGGCGAGAGAUCGUACGGGCCCUACAUAAGAUCCCGCCUUCUUCAACGCGAGAUGAAUUGCACAGCUAUGCGCGUCAAGAAUUUGAGCGACAUCGUGAGGUCUCAGAUCUGGGCCAUAUUCGGUACUUGUUAUCGGUAUGA